AUGCAGGGCAACUGUUACGAGGCCGCCGCGAGCGCCUGCCAGCCGCAUCGCCUUAUUUCCGCCGUCGGCUGGGCAUCAGACUCGCCGAUGUCGGUUGCUCCCAUCCCGCGCAGGCGAGUUGCUGGUAUUCAACUUCACAAGUACGCCAACGCAGCAGGCACCCAGUUGUUCUACACCAGCAACCUCGAGAACGAUGGCGUCAUUGCCAAAGCUCAGGACGGCAGCGGGUACAAGAACGCCAACUUCAUGGCCCAUCCUGGUGGUCAGAACGGUCGUUGCAGGAUGUACCUCUGGAACACUGCGAACCCGCACCACGGCGGUGAUCUUGAGGCUGGCAUUGCGAUCCACGAGCUCUCGCGCGGUCUCAGCACGCGUCUGGCGGGUGGUCCUGCCACCUCCGGCUGCCUUGGCUGGGGUGAAUCCGGCGGCAUGGGUGAGGGCUGGGGAGACUUCCUCGCCACCACCAAUGCGCUUGAGUGCAUUUUGCACCGCGCGCGUGCGAGGAGUGGGAGGUGCGAAUGCACGGACUCGAGGACGGGUUCGCCGAGUCUGCAGAGCCUGCCAGCAGAGGCGAUCACGAAAGAAAUGGACGAGUGCGCCGCGUUGGGCGUACGCGGUCGCGUUCGAUGUCUUCCGCCAUAA